UCCGAUUACUUAAUUUAAAAUAAUAAUAAUAAUAAUUAAGAACGAAAUUUAAAUAAUUCGUUAUAAGUGUCCAGCCAUAUUUAGUCUAGGCUCAAAACGUUAAUUUCUUCAUUUUCUGGAAACUUCCGAACGGCGGAGUGACCAGCGCUUGAACGGAGGUCGUAGUUUUUACGGAAGGUUGAAAAUCGUCGUUGGAACCUGAGAAUCCAGGGUUUUUCUCCUCUCUUUCGGCCGUCGAAUCUUCGUCAUGUCGGAGGUUAUUUCCGCUGAUUUCGAAGGAAUCGGAGGAGAAUUUAAUCGUCAACGUAAGGAUAAUUCUGACUAUUGUGAAAAAAUAGAGGAACUGAAAUAUUUUAAUAAAAAAUUACAAGAAGAAAACGAAAGACUUUCGUUACAAAUUAGUCAUGCAGAUGAUAGCCAAAAUGUAAUAGCUAAAGAAAAUGAAUUAUUAAAAAGAAAGAUCGAAAGCACACAUUUACUCGAUUUAAAUAUCAAGGAACUUCAGUCUGAUUAUGAUGAUAUGAAGGAAUUACUUCAAGUAAUAAAGGAAGAGAAUAACGAAUUAAAGUUAAAUUUCUCGGAAAGUGAGAAAGAACGAAUAUUUUUUAAAAUGGAAUCGGAAAAAUUUCAAAAAAAGUUACAACAGGCGGAAGAAUAUGCUAAAUAUUUAAAGGAAGAAAAAGAACGAUUACUUUUUAUAAUUGCUGAACAAGAAAAAUUUCUCUCAGAAGCUAAAGAUUCCAAAUUAAAAUUGAAAGAAGAAAUAAAAAUGGGAGAGGAAAAAAAUUAUGAACAAUUGAACCACCUGAAUCCAAGAGAACAGCCAUGUUAA